UCAUUCACUUGCAAUUUUACUCACAAACACUUUUCUUUUCUUGGUUUCUUCUCUCAAUUUCCACCAUUGAAAAAAACUCAUUAAUAUACCAAAUAUUAUUUUAAGCAAAUAAUUUGAGUCAUUAUGUCAAUGGCUUGUUUGGAACUCUCCAAAGAGGUGAAAUUGAAAGGGGAAGAUAUCGAGUGCACCAAGGAUGGAAGUAUUGAUUUGAAAGGAAAUCCAGCAAUAAGAGAAACAAGUGGGAAAUGGGUGGCUGGAAUUAUGAUACUUUUGAAUCAAGCUUUAGCAACUCUUGCAUUUUUUGGAGUUGGAGUGAAUUUGGUGUUGUUCUUAACAAGGGUGUUGAAAGAAAACAAUGCUGAUGCUGCUAAUAGUGUGAGCAAAUGGACAGGCACUGUAUAUAUUUGCUCACUUGUUGGUGCUUUUCUUAGUGAUUCUUAUUGGGGAAGAUUCAAAACUUGUGCCAUUUUCCAAGUCAUAUAUGUAACUGGCCUGUCAUUGUUGGCAUUAGCAUCACAACUUUACUUGGUGAAACCUAAAGGUUGCGGAAAUCGAACGACGCUAUGUGGAGAACAUUCAACCAUGGAGGUUGGUUUAUUCUACAUCUCUGUGUACAUGAUUGCCUUAGGAUAUGGUGGUUAUCAGCCGAAUAUUGCUACAUUCGGAGCUGAUCAGUUCGACGAGCAGCAUCCGAGUGAGUGUUCAUCUAAAGUAGCCUUCUUUAGCUACUUCUAUCUGUUCAUGAACCUUGGAUCACUCUUCUCCAACACCAUUCUAGACUACUUUGAGGAUGAGGGUAAGUGGGCUCUUGGCUUUUGGGCGUCCGCUGCAUCUGCCUUUGCAGCGUUGGUGCUCUUUCUCGGAGGCACUGCUAGGUACAGACACUUCGCGUCUAGUGGCAACCCUCUUUCCAGGUUUGCUCAAGUUCUAGUUGCUGCAACAAAGAAGUGUAAAGUCGAGACACCAGAAAAUGAAGACGACUUCUAUCAAGGGGAAGUCGACGAUGACACAACUGGUGGUCGAAAAAUGCUACACACUCAUGGCUUCAAAUUCUUGGACAGAGCAGCAGUGGUGACAUCAAAGGAACUCGACAGCAAGGAGAAGAGCGUUCACAACCCGUGGCGUAUCUGCCCUAUUUCACAAGUUGAGGAAGUUAAAUGCAUAUUGAGGCUGCUUCCAAUUUGGCUAUGUACGAUUAUCUACUCUGUAGUUUUCACGCAAAUGGCCUCGCUCUUUGUCGAGCAAGGUGAUGCGAUGAAAACUACGAUAGCAAACUUCAGGAUUCCAGCAGCAAGCAUGUCUACCUUUGACAUCCUUAGCGUAGCAGGCGUCAUAUUUCUCAACCGCAGAGUUCUUUAUCCGCUAGUCAAAAGGUUUAAGAAGUGCAAGGAUGAUGAUGCCGGACUAACUGAACUUCAACGGAUGGGUAUCGGACUAGUCAUAGCAGUGAUGGCUAUGCUUUCAGCAGGAAUCGUCGAGUGCUACAGGCUAAAGUAUGCUAGUAACGAUUGCAAACACUGUGAAGGCUCAAGCUCUCUUAACAUCUUCUGGCAAGUCCCUCAAUAUGCUUUUAUAGGAGCUUCGGAAGUAUUCAUGUACGUAGCACAACUAGAGUUCUUCAACGCGCAAGCGCCUGAUGGACUCAAAAGCUUCGGAAGUGCACUAUGCAUGACAUCGAUAUCAUUGGGGAACUACGUGAGUAGCUUUCUCGUAAGCAUAGUAAUGAAAAUAUCAGCAACUGACAACAUGCCUGGAUGGAUACCGGGAAACCUUAACAAAGGUCAUUUAGACAGAUUCUAUUUCCUGUUAGCUGGUUUGACGCUAAUAGAUUUGGCUGCGUACAUUGCAUGUGCUAAGUGGUACAAGAAUAUUAAGCAUAGCGAAAAGAUACAGGAACUCGAGGAAGAGGACAAGUUUGAAGUCUAACGCGUACCUGAUAUGAAUCAUAACGUAGGCAUGUUUUACCAAAACCAUAUGAAUAAGAGGAAGACGUGCAUUCACCACAACAUUUUGUGUAGAGUUUAUGACUGGUACUCGGAUUUCCUCCCAGUGCUGCGAAAUUCUCCCGGGAGCUGGACUACUCUCAACUUCUAGGUCCAUCGUUUUCUCGUUGUAACUGCAUUUGUUGGUUCUGUCAUAUUAGUUCUAAAUUUGACAAGCAUUCUGGAUUGACAUGUAAAUUGGUUGGUUUAUCCUGUAUCAAAGAAACUGUCGAAAAGUACUGUUGUACCCGAAAACUCCAUGUAUUAAAAGAUCUCAUUAACUUCGUAUGCAA